AACCGCAUCGCAUCGUCGAAACGCAGCGGCGGGGCCUCUCCCGCGCCCCGCACACGGAGCUGUGGGCUCAGCAUCCCUGCGGCACCUACGGAGGGAAGGGCAGAGCCGCGGCCGAGCCGCGCCGGAUGGGGCGGUGGCUUCUGCGGGCGACGCAGCCGCGGCCGGGGCGAUGUGGGAGCCGCGGGGCGCGGCAGUGAGGGUGGCGGCGGCGGCCCUGGUGCUCGGGGCUGGCGCCUGCUACUGCCUGUGGCGGUUGUCGGCGAGCGGGCGGCGGGGGCGGCGGGCAGCGGCUGCCCGGGGCCCGCCGGCAGACAGUAGUCCUCCAGUGUCAACCCAUACCAUGGAUGUGGAUGCUCUACAGAAACUUAUUCAUUUGCUCCAGGCCACAGAUGAUCCAUUAAUUCAAGAGCAAGCUUUAAUCACUCUCAGCAACAGUGCUGCCUUCUCUGUAAAUCAAGAUAUAAUCCGGAAUCUGGAUGGUGUCUCUGUUAUUGGAGGGAUGCUCUCCAACUGCAUUCCCAAAAUUAAAGAAAAAGCACUAAAUGCACUUAAUAAUUUGAGUAUGAAUAUGAAAAAUCAGGAGGAGAUACAGGUAUUUAUUAUACAAGUUUGUAGGACUGUUGAGUCAGCUCCCCUGAACUCUGAUGUGCAGCUAGCUGGACUCAGGCUGUUGACAAAUAUGUCUGUUACCAGUGACUACCACCAAAAGAUGAUAAACUCAAUUCCAUGCUUUCUUCAUUUGCUUUCAGAAGGAACUGAAAGGACACAGAUUCAAGUUUUGAAAGUACUUGUGAACUUAUCUGCAAACCCAGCCAUGACAAGACAUCUUCUCGGACCUCAAGUGCCAGCAUUGGUGUUACUUUUUGACAACUGUAUAAACAGAGAUAUUCUGGCUCGAGCCCUGGCAUUUGCAGCAAACCUGAAAAAGAACAUGAAUGAUGAAGAAGGCACCAUGAUUGAGGAGUACAGCGAAGCCUCAGUUUUCUUCACGCUCUGCAGGGACUCUGCCCCGUUCGCUCAGAGACUGGCGUCUUUGCUGCAUCACCCUGACGCGGAAGUGAAAGAACAAGUUGUGAGAAUAUUAACACAAUAGUGUUGUUUUCUUAAAACAGACUGACCUGAUGAAAAUAUCUAAUCUUGGCAAUGCUAUGCUAAAAAAGCCUGCAACAAGCAAACAAUACAACAAUGAUGGAAAAAACCCUCUCUAAAUACUAGCAUUUUACUAGGCAUGAAUUAAUUACUACAGAAGAGAAUGCAGUGUUUUUAAUAGAGAGAGCAUAACAGAUAAUUUUUUUACAAGCAAGAGAAAAGCAAAAGCUUAAUUAUUACUGAUAAACCACUGCACAGUUGCUACAUUUAUGCAAUGGGGACAAAUAGUUUAAAUUUAAAACAUGAAAACAUUCAUAUGUAAAAUUAACAUUUUAAAUGGAUGAGUGAAAUGAAUUAAAAUAUUCUUCACAAUGUCAAAGACUUUUUUUUUACUUUUAAGUAUUUCCAGCUGUUGAAUAAAUACCUCUUUAGAACUGUGCAUUAAAGAUUUAGCAGUUGGAGAUUAGGCAUUUGUAUUUAUCUAUUAAAUGGGUAAAGGCAAAUCUUACAAAAUAUUAAAUAAAAACAACACCAAACUAUCAUUGCCUUCCUACAGAAUUAGUGUUUUCAAUGAAAACUGCAUACUAAAGUCACCCAGACUAGGUUUUUUAUCUUACCUGCAUGGAAUUUAUUCUAAAACUCCAUUCUUGUAUGCUUAGUAUAUCCAUUCAAUUUAGCCAAACUGCAGUGCAAUUAACCACAACUGUGAAAGAUUUCUACACUUGAACAAAAAUUAAAAGGAUUUUAUAUUGCUUUAAAAUUGCUACUUUAAGGAAAGCAGACAUAUUUUAAAAAACAUUUUAUUAGGAGUCAAGGAUUAUCUGCAACUGCUAUUCAGUAUUUUCAUUCUUAUAAAAAAAUGUCUACAACAGCAGUAUCACACAUUUUUACAAAAGCUUCCUAUUCUGUAGCAGCCCUUGAUCUUCCUUUCCUUGGACAUCCUUACUCCUUUUUUUUCCUGCAACUGGAGCAUCACCCCCCUAAAGUUUUAGUCAUCAAUCCAGCAUUUAUUCAAAAUGAAGUGGAAUCCAUACAAACAUCACUGUAAAAGAACCUGAACAGUUUUAUUGAUUAACAGAAAACAUACUGGAAAAUACUUCCAAAACCAAAUUACUAAAAACUUCCACUACAGAGAAACUAAAACAGGUGUCAGAUGUAAAGGCUAGGAAGUUUUCUAUUUUGUACCAUUUUUAAGAGAACUGUAUCACCUAAACUGUUACCAAGUGCUUCAUCUUUCUAAUUUAGUAUACUCACUCUGCUCUUAAGAAAACAUUACUUUCUUCUCUUUCUGUAAUGCAAUAGAUGCUUAUUUUCAGAAGGUCACUUUGCAUAUAGCUAAAACUGCAAGAAAAGUAUGACCUUGAAACUGUGACGCACCCAUGCCCUGAUCAAUACACGGGUAAAGAAAGCUACAUGUAUCUAAUUUAUCCACAUAGGUAGUUUUAGCUCACCAGGAAUACAGUUAAGGCAGAAAUAGAAGUUGGCACCAUUCCCAGUCAAAACCUUGAGAAUUGCUGCAUUGACAGUGAACUUCCCUUUCUCCUUUCCACUGCUCCUAAAACACUGUACAGUUUGUAAUAAGCAAGUUACAUUACAAUCCCUUUAUGUUUUUCAACUUUUUGUAGAUUUAAUGUUUUUUUGCUACUGAAUUUGACUAAAAAAAAUAAAGACUAGGCAAGACACUAAGAAUUUACCCCCUCUCCUCUCCUGACAAGACAUUAGGACCAGUCUGUUCUAGGUAUAGCUCAUGCAUGGUUUCUUAAGAUCAGCAGCAGAGAUGUCUAAAUGUCCCUUUCCAUGUUCUCCAACCUAAAAGUAAGUUUUUCAAAUACCAUCUUUUUGAUAGAGCUGAUCUCUUAUCCUUUGCUUUGACAGCUGACAGAAAAAAGUGACUUUUUCUAAAAAUACAUGAGAAUAUGUUACA